AUGCCCAGUGCGCCAAAGCAACGAAAGAUAGCUAUUGUCGGCAGUCGCUCCGUAGGUAAAUCUUCACUUACGGUUCGGUUUGUUGAACAUCAUUUCGUGGAGAGCUAUUACCCAACGAUCGAGAACACCUUUAGUCGAAUCAUUAAAUACAACGGCCAGGAUUAUGCAACAGAGAUAGUUGAUACAGCUGGACAAGAUGAAUACAGCAUAUUGAACUCCAAACACUUUAUCGGAAUUCAUGGAUAUAUAAUUGCUUACUCCGUGGCGUCCCGCCAGUCUUUCGAUAUGGUAAGGGUCAUCAGAGACAAGAUAUUAAAUCAUCUAGGGGCGGAUUAUGUUCCCCUCGUCGUGGUGGGAAAUAAGAGUGACCUCAAACCUGAGCAACGCCAAGUAUCCCUAGACGAAGGCCGGCAACUAGGGGAAGAGUUUCGCUGUGCAUUUACAGAAGCCAGCGCUCGUCUUGAUUACAACGUCGCAAAGGCUUUUGAGUUGAUGAUUGGGGAAAUUGAGAGAUCUCAAAAUCCAUCUCAACCAACUGGGGGAAAUAAGUGCACCCUGAUGUAA